AUGUCAACGGCUCCAAAGAAUUUGUUUUUUCUGAAAGGGAAGCGUUUAGUUGAAGUUGAAGUCAAAAUUAUUUCUGUACCCGGGGAGACCCGUCUAAUAGGAGGGAAACUUUGUGAUAUAGAUUUGAACAACUCUGUGUUGAGUUUAAAUGUCAAAAAUCUGAACCUUUCUACGGACGAUCUUAAGUUGUCAUUUUCGUUGUUUUACAAUGAUGAGUUCGUUUUUGUUGGCAAAACGAAAGAGGAGACGUCAUAUUGGCUUCAAUUAAUCGGUGAGACGACACACAAUUACGGGGUUUUUGGCUAUCCUUUAUCUAUAGUAGUAAAAAAAUCUAAAUGGAUAGUACCGAAUUGUAUAUACCGAUGUGUGGAAUACUUAAAGAAACAUGGGAAAAAUUGUGAAGGGUUAUUUAGGAAAAAUGGAGCAAUCAAAGAAUUGGAAAAGUUAAAAAAAGACGUGGAAAGUGAUGAAGAUUUUUUUAUAAAAGAAGGCACCGACACCAUAUUAAUCGGGAACUUCCUCAAAUUUUAUUUAAAUAGUAUGAUCGAACCCGUUGUUCCGUUCAACCAAUCUCGGAGAUUUUUUGAAAUCCACAAAACGAAAGACCCAAAGAAAGUGAUUGACGAACUACCGGUCGAUUCUCAAAACUCGUUAUGGUUCUUAACUGUGUUUUUAAGAGAAAUUUCUGAGCAGAACGAGAUCAACAAAAUGACAACACGAAAUAUUUCCACGUGUUUUGCACUUGCAAUAUGCCGGCCUGUCGAUCAAAGCGAUAAGGAAUUUUACAAAGUUGUCAUAGACGCGUUCGAAUAUGUUUUGGAUAACACAGACGCACUUUUCACUGACGUCGUUGCGAGAAAUCUUAAAAAUCUUGGUAAUCUUGAUAUUCCUCAAUAUCCAGCUUUCAACCCCCUCGUCAUUUUUCCGCUUUCCGUCAUUUUAUCAACAAAUCAAGUUCGUCUCGGUCUUCCAAAACGAAAGAAGGUUGGAAAGGACUACGAAUCACACACCUUCGAGAAAAAAGAAAUUUCAAAGGAAAGUUCUAAGGAACAAUCCAAGGAGUCAUCAAAGAACCCACGUCAGCGAAUGAAACUUGGGAGAUCGCUCUCACUUUUGUGGGGAAGUUCAAAGGAUAAUCCGAAAAAGUCACAAUCUCCUCUUAUCAAAAGUGAUGUUUCGUCUAAUCUCCCAAUGUCAGCUAUUCAAACACCCAGAAAUAACGGAAUAAGCCCUUUAUUAGACCAAUGA